UUGGAAGUUUUAGAGUGUAGUAUAAUGUUGAGUUUAAUUAUAUGAGCGCAAAAUAAAAAGUUUAUAUGUUAUUAUAUACAUCACCGCCGUUUUUAUUUGUAACUGUUUUCCUUGCAUUAGUUCUUCAACCUUUGUCUCGUGUGACAGCUCCGUUUCUUUACAUUAGGAAAUGUGUCAUACUGUUUUGAUAUACAGGAAGAAACAUCUUUGGGAGAAAACCAUGAAGUCUAUCGUGUGUAUGUCAGUGUCUCUGCGGGCUGCGUGUCAGCACGCCUCAGCGUGUUUUCCUCUAUACCGUGGUCUUAGUCUGUGCAAUUCAACGGGGAGAUGUGCAAAUGUAGAUGUUGCCAGCAACACUGUGAUAGCGCUGCAACCAUGUAUUACUGAUGUGCAUUGUUUCCAAAGACAAAAAACUCGUAGCACAACAGCUGGUGUUGUGACUGCAGCUCCUCCUCCCUAUAUUACACCUGGAAACAGAAGUAAUGAACUGACCGUGUAUCCCACUGGAAUACGCACGACGCACAAAGCGGCGGCAAGACCACCACUUCACCUCUCUCUUUAUUCCCCACAUGCUAAAGCACCCAAAGCCCUGGUGAAUACUUACUCGCUCUUUGAGGAAGAUGUCAUCGCUGAGUUGUGCUCCAAGCUGGCAGACGUCCCCGGCAAUGACAGAGCAGAAGGACUGGCCACUUUACUUGGAGCAUGUGUUGAGUUUGGAUUGGAAGCCCACAGCCCCCCUGUCCUCAUACUGGUGAAAGAGAGCCUGGAGCUACUCUCCAACAAGGACAUCGGGGUGGCGCAGCUCUGCCACCUGGGAAAGUUGGCAUGCGCCCUGGAGGGCCGCCAGAGCCCCAUGGUGACAGAGGUUGUAAACUCUAUCAGCACUGCUAUAGAAGAGGAUGUCGUCUCUCCCAGUGAGGCUGUAGCAGCCUACUCCCUGCUGACCAUGUUGUACGACCCAGCCAGCCAGCAGCAGACACUGAUGCUGUCCGCUUUGCACAGACAAACACAAAGGCUGGUGCACAGGCUGAAAGCCAGUCACGUCAGUGACAUUCUGCUGUCCCUGGUCAGGUUACAGCAGAGGCAGGCCAUUUCCCUGGUGCUGAGGCUCAGCCACCGGGCAUCUCGGGUCUUUAAAGCUUUCAGUGAUGACGAAAUCUUUAAGGUACUCUCUGCCCUAAUGAUUCUGGGACAGCAUGAUGAGGAGCUUCUAGUUGCUAUGGAGAAACACCUGCCUGGGAGGAUGGGAAAAUGUGACCCCGAGCUGAUCAGCACUGUCAUGGAGUAUUGUCUGCAAAUGAGGUGCCGCUCUGAGCCGAUCUUUGAGGCUGUGGCUGAGAACUUUGUGUGCCGUGCUGAGAGGCACACUAACCUUCAGAUAGCCAAACAGGUAGUCACCAUGGGGAGACUAAACUACCUGCCACAGUGCUCCAACGAAAUGUUUAAAAAGCUGGAGAGCAUCUUGAUGGAAAGGUUUUCCCAGUUCCAGCCUCGCUCGCUCAUAGAUUUGCUGCAUGCCUGCAUCCACCUGGAACGCUUUCCACUCAACUACCUCAGCAAAGUGUUCAGCCCGUACUUCCUGCAGAAGCUGCAAGAACAAGGGGAGCCACCGGACAAGAACACACUGGGACAGCUGACACAGCUCCAUCUCUCUACCUCAUUAGAGUGUACAUACUACUGGGGUCCCAGACUGCCCUUCUUCCUCCAUGUGAAGAAGUUUUCCUCUGUGGACCAGGUCUUUGAGACUCCUAUGGACAGUUUGUUGUACAAACAGGUCAGAGGUCCACUUGCACAGCUGCUAGGUGGGAAGUUCUUCUACACCAGAAUCUUUGCUCCCAUUGGAUACACUAUCGAUGUGGAAAUAUGCCUGGAUGAGAAUGGAUUCAUCUUGCCUAUGCCUCAGUGGGAACACACUUACAAAAGAAUUGCACUGUGUUUGGAUGGUCAGAACCGUUUCUGCAGGAACACACAGCAUCUGUUGGGGAAGGAGGCAACAAAGAGGAGACAUCUCUGUAGGAUGGGAUAUGAUGUGGUGCAGAUUCCUUACUUUGAAUUUGAGAAGCUGAGAACUCAGAAGGAACAGGUCCAAUAUCUCCAUAACAAGAUCUCCCCCAUCAUCUCUAAGUUCAGAUAUAACCAAAUUAGAUGAGAAAAAGUUCAAUUAAAGCUCAUCUGGUAAACUAUCUUCCAAUAUGUUGGAUUAAGAUUCAGCCAUUUGAGUAUCCAGUAACCGA